AAUUUAAUCAUCAAUCUGAUCUAACCAUACCCUCGCCAACUAAAUCCCCAAAUAGUUAUUCCUAUUCACUGCCGCCACUCUCUACGGCCGUCGCCGCCACUAGCUUCUUCCCCGUUAACCCAUCACCGUUUUCCUCACCCGCCGCCGCCGCCUCCGCCGCCGCUUCCUAUUUCUAUUCUGCCAAUUACUUUCAUUACCAAAACAGCCUCGUCGGUAGGCAAAUUAACCAUGUGGGGAUGGUGGAGAUUCGGGAAAUGGACGGUCCUGAUUAUGUUCCUUCACAUCAUUGCUAUUUUGAUUUUCACCAAAGGCUUUCUCUUAACCCGAACUGAACUUCCGCAUUCCAGCCGCUGCUCCGAUAUUUCUCAAUCUCCUUGCCAUUCUUCUUCUUCUUCCUCUUGUUGGACAAAGCCUGCAGUUGACCGUCUCAUCAUCAUCAUUCUCGAUGCGCUGCGAUUUGAUUUCGUUGCUCCAAGUUCUGUUUUUGAGCAGAAACAACCUUGGAUGGAUAGACUGAAAGUGUUACAGAGGAUGGCUUUAGAGAAUCCUUCUUCAGCUAAAAUUUUUAAAGCUAUUGCUGACCCACCAACUACCAGUUUACAACGUUUGAAGGGAUUGACAACAGGGGCACUCCCUACUUUUAUUGAUGUUGGGAAUAGCUUUGGUGCUCCUGCCAUUGUUGAAGACAAUUUCAUUAAGCAGUUGAUUCAAAAUGGGAAGAGAGUGGUGAUGAUGGGAGACGAUACAUGGACACAGUUGUUUCCUAAUCAUUUUAACAAAUCUUAUCCAUACCCUUCUUUUAAUGUUAAGGAUCUUGACACGGUAGAUAAUGGAUGCAUUGAACACCUACUUCCAUCAUUACAUCAACAAGAUUGGGAUGUCCUUAUUGCACAUUUUCUUGGAGUGGAUCAUGCAGGCCAUAUCUAUGGUGUUGAUUCCACUCCAAUGAUCGAAAAAUUGGAGCAGUACAAUGCAGUGUUAGAGAAAGUGAUUGAAGAACUCCAGAACCAAUCUGGAUCUGGCAAGUUACAUGAGAAUAGCUUACUUAUUGUAAUGGGUGACCAUGGACAAACCUUAAAUGGGGAUCAUGGAGGAGGAAGUCCUGAGGAGGUUGAAACAUCAAUAUUUGCCAUGAGUUUUAAAGAUUUGCCUUCUCUGCCAUCUGAAUUUGUUUCUUCAUCUUGUGAGCCUAGCAAGAAUAUAUGUAUCAGCUCUAUCCCCCAGCUUGAUUUUGCAGUAACGGUGUCAUCACUUCUUGGGGUCCCCUUUCCAUUUGGAAGCAUUGGGCGUGUUAAUCCCGAGUUAUAUGCUUUAACUGUUGGUACAUGGAACUUGGAUGACAAUAAAACAUGGAACAACCAGGAUGAAACAAAGUUGGAAGAAUGGUUGCGAAAUUAUGUUAAUGUCCUCUGCGCCAAUUCAUGGCAGGUGAAAAGAUACAUUGAUGUCUAUUCAGCUUCAUCAGUUAUCGGAUUUUCCUCUGAGGACUUAUUCCACAUAUCUGAUUUAUACGCUAAAGCAGAAGAGAAUUGGUUGAAUUUAUCUUUGUACAAGAAUGAAAGUUCCAACACAUCAUUGCCAAUUCUUAAAAGGCAAAUAGUUGCCUAUUUUGAGUUUCUUUCUUAUGUUGCUGAGUUGGCUCGCUCCAAGUGGACUGAGUUUAAUUUAAAGAUGAUGGGAACUGGUAUUGGGAUUAUGUUAUUAUCUUUAUAUUGUCAUAUCCUUGCCAUUAAGAAGCUGAAUAAGUCCUAUGGUGUCUCUCUUCUGUUAUCGAGAGAUCCUGGAAUUUCCUUUGGAUUAAUGCUUGCUUCCUUUACGACACUGAUGCAUGCAUUGAGUCUGCUAUCAAAUAGUUAUAUUUUGAAAGAAGGGAAAGUUGCAAAUUUCCUCUUGGCCACUACCGGCAUCGUGACAUUACGUUUUUCUUUCAUGAAGAACAAGAUGCUACUUGAAGCAGCUACAUUUCUUCUUUUGACAUUCAUUUUUAGGAUUGCUAUUGACGUUGGUCUAUAUAAGCAAGCUGCCACUUCUCAGUUCAUGAGUGCAUCCUCUUCAUGGAUGCCUGGUAUUUCUAUAAGUGAAUCGCUGCGGACAUAUAUGGCUGAAAUUGUGCCAAUUCUUGCAUUGAUUAUUUUAGGAUACUAUCUAUACAAGGCCAUUUCUAACUACUGUUGGGGAAUUGCAAAGUGUGUUACCAUGGGAACAAUUUUAAGCUAUUUGCUCAUAGCAUUGCAUUGGAUUUCUGAAAGCAACAUAUUGGAUCUUGCCCAUUUUCUUAAAGGAUAUGGAAAAAAUUACAUCCCUCGGACAAUUUAUGGUAUUGGACUUGGUCAGCUGUUACUGUUGGCGAUUGUUCCACUGUUCAGGAAGGAGGAAAUGUCAAAUUACAAAGGAAACUUGUUUGUUAAAAUGAUAUCUAUUUUAUCUGCGUGUAGUUCAACAGUUAUUAUUCUCCAAGGGAAACAAGGUGCCUUGGUUGUGUUAGGAUCCUUGUUAGCAGGUUAUUGCAUGAUGAGGCUUCAGGGCAUAGAACAACAUACUGUCCGUGGAGGUGCAGGAAUUUCAAUUUUUAAUCCUCUUCCUAUUGUGCAGUGGAGUCUUUUAGCUCUGUGUCUGUUUUUUGCAACUGGCCACUGGUGUGCUUUUGAUGGCCUCCGAUAUGGUGCUGCAUUUAUUGGGUUUGAUGACUUUGUUCUUGCACCGCAAGCUAUCCUUCUUACAAUUGAUACAUUUGGAUUUUCUCGCAUUCUUCCUAUAUUUGGACUGCCUCUUUUUGUUGCAUUCUCAUCCCUGUCCAAUCAGACUGAGGAUGGAAGUCUCUUCUCUAUAAAGUUAUUUUGGAUAUUUAUGGUGUAUGGACUCAUUACAGCUACUACAGCCACCGCUACUAUAGUAUGUGUCGCCAUCCAAAGGAGGCAUCUAAUGGUGUGGGGAUUAUUUGCUCCCAAGUUUGUUUUCGAUGUGGUGGGACUUAUCCUUACUGAUAUCCUCAUUUUUGGGGCAUCCAUUUACUAUUUUUAAUGGUGUUAAAAAUUGUGUUGGAAUCGCAAGGAUUGUUAGGCGAUCAGAUUGUUGAAUUGAGGAGGCUUUGGUAGAUUCUUUUAGCAGACAAAUAAUGAGUGGAUGACAUGAAAUAUUGAUCAAAACUAUGCCAAAUCAAAAAUUUUGCAGGAUAGCAUUUGUAGUGUUAAACAUUGAAAAUUUUACUUGAUCUGUCUUCUGUUUUUAUCC